AUGAUACGACCUCAGAUUAACUUAACAGAGGCCCCGUCUGUAUCACCGAAUGCUCAGCCUGAAAUGACCAGGGAAUCGUCCGCCUCGCCAGGGUUGAGGACCUCAGCACUAUCCAGGAUAUCCAUCUCCACCACCUCCCUCACCUCGUUACUGCCUUCGAUUUAUGGUUUGGGCAAAAACCAGUCGAUGCCUGUUCUGCAAGAACCUUCCAGGGAAAACGCGAAUGGAUAUCCGGGUUUGGUGGAUGGAACAAGCAACGUCUCGGAUCUACUUGCUAGAGAGAGUGAUGUAACUGUGUCUACCAACGUCACUUCGCAGGCAGAAUACAAGGGAUUUGCUUCAUAUGUGAUUUCGGGCAUCUUUCUGUUCAUCUGGUUGUUCUGGGCGCUCUUACCAGACUCCACACUGAACUAUCUCCAGAUCUACUACUAUCCGUCCAGAUGGUGGGCCGUUGCCAUACCUAGCUAUAUCCUCAUCAGUAUGGUAUACACCUACAUUGCCCUGGCACUUUAUAAUAUCGAGGUCAAGACCCCAAAGCUGGACGAUGCGAGAACUAUAUCCGAUGACACCGGAGUCGUCGUUACUCAAUUCAAUAAUUUCGAGGACAAAACGGUGAGUGAUAAGUACAUCUACCAUCCCACCUCUGGUAUAUGGGACUUGCCCUUGAGCACAGUCAAUGAAGUGCUUUAUCUGGAUAACGACUGA